CGGGCUGGGGGCGGCGGACGGGUCGGGGACGGCGAUGCUGCAGCUGCGGGACUCGGUGGACUCGGCGGGCACGAGCCCCACGGCGCUGCUGGCGGCCGGGGAGGAGGGCGCGGCGGGCGGCGGCCGGGUGGGGGCGGACGCGCCGCUGCGCCAGACCCUGUGGCCGCUCAGCGUCCACGACCCCACGCGCCGCGCCCGCGUCAAGGAGUACUUCGUGUUCCGGCCCGGGACCAUCGAGCAGGCGGUGGAGGAGAUCCGCGCCGUGGUGCGGCCCGUGGAGGAUGGCGAGAUCCAGGGCGUGUGGCUGCUCACGGAGGUGGACCACUGGAACAACGAGAGGGAGCGGCUGGUGCUGGUCACCGACCAGUCGCUGCUCAUCUGUAAAUACGACUUCAUCAACCUCCAGUGCCAGCAGGUGGUCCGGAUCGGCCUGAACGCAGUGGAUACCAUCUCCUACGGAGAAUUCCAGUUCCCUGCAAAGUCGCUCAACAAGCGAGAAGGCCUGGGGAUUCGAGUCCAGUGGGACAAGCAGAGCCGCCCCUCCUUCAUGAACCGAUGGAACCCCUGGUCCACCAGCGUGCCCUACACUACUUUUACUGAACACCCGAUGGCAGACGCGGAUGAGAAGACUGCAUCUCUGUGCCAAUUGGAAAGCUUCAAGGCUCUGUUAAUCCAAGCUGUCAAAAAAGCCCAGAAGGAAUGUCCUUUGCCGGGCAGAGCAAGUGGUGUGCUGAUCUUGGAGCGCCCACUCCUCAUCGAGACCUACGUGGGCCUGAUGUCCUUCAUCAACAACGAAGCCAAGCUGGGGUAUUCCAUGACCAGAGGCAAAAUCGGCUUCUAGGUGUCUGCGCCUGGGAGCCCACUCCUGCGCAAGCCGGGCCAUGUUGGGAUUCUAGGGGCCCACCAGGUGGCCCUCGUGCCGCACUUGGCCAGAAGGGUCUAGGGGCCACUUGCCUGUAGAGACCUGAGAGUGAUUAGAAUAGUAAAGUGAAUUAUAUGCUUUAGUUGUAUGUUGGCCAUCUGCUGAUGGGAGCUGAAAGGCUGACGCAUCUAGCUGCCCCUGUCCCGGCUGGUGUUCCAUUUUCUGUGACUUCGAUUUUAGUGAUUUUCCUGCAGUUAUCAAUGGCUUCUUGUGGUUCUCCCCCCACCCGCUCCAGCGUGUGUGUGUCCCGGGCUUCCGUGUAGCACACAGCUGCACUCAGCUGUGACGUGCAGGCAGGUGCCAGUGUCUCCACCACCUGGAACUGCAAAUGUUUACACAUGGUGUGAAAUUUUGUAUUUUGAAAUUUAAUCCACUUUUAUAAAAGCUAAAGGCAAAAGCAGCUAGCAGACUGGUUAAGCAAGAUACAGUCUGUGCCUUGUCAGUGCUGGGUGAACAGUGGUUCUUUUGUAAAUAUAUGUUUGACCUGAGGUCGUACUUUUCCUAAAAUUAAUCUAAAUUGUGUUAAUUCUUAAGGCAUCUUCCCCAGGCUUUAAAAGGUUUACAGAAAAAUAAUUUUAAGACAAUUUAUUAAUUUUAAAACAUCACCUUGAUAAUUCUUUGCACGGAAUUUUAACAACUAUAUGUACACUAAGUUUGCAUUAUCAUAUUUGUGUUUAGAAGGAGUGAGUGAGUUUGCUUUUUAAUGCCACACAUUCGCAAAAAGGAACCAUGUUAGAGUCUCCGCGAAGCAGCAACACUUGGUCACUGGUUUGUGUGUGGAGCUGAGGCUCUGGCCAGGUCUUGCGCCGAGCAGGCCUGAGCUUCUGUGAGCCUGUGUGAGACUUCCACGGAAGGGGUCACCCAGGCCGCCUCAGGAUUGCUCUCCCUGCAGUCACACACAGCCUGCUUGUGUGCCUGAAAGCCUCUUGCUAAACUUUAAACUCGCUGACCUGUGUCUUCCUUCCAGUCUCCUGCUCCGCUGUAGCUUUAUGCCAACGGGUGUGGGUGUGGCAGGCGGGCAGCGGCUCCAGAGUCCACCUGGGUCUGCAGCCUUUGCUCUGACUCUUCAGUAAAGGCAUUUAAAACCAGAAA